AUGUCAUUCCGGCCGAUGUUGAAGCAGCGGGCUGUGGCUCCGAUCGCAGCCACCCUCCUCGCAGGAGGCAUGGCCCUGUACCCCAAGCAGACUGCUUUCGCCGAGGAGCCUCGCGAGCGGAAACCCAUCUACGACGACUUUCCAUCUGACAUCCCGGAACCCUCCAAGCCCGCGCCCCCAGCUCCCAAGGCGAUCUCUCUGCCCACAUCGCAAUCUUCCUCUUCCUCGCCCACUCCGACAGACAUCCUGACCGCUCAGAUCCGGCAAGCCCGGCUUUUCCUUUACUCCCACUCCCUCGCCGCCGAGAACAGCUUCAACGCCUUCCUGUCCCGUGCCCUGCACAUCGAGAAUGCGUUCACCAACACCGUUGCAUCGCUCGCGCCUUCCCCCGAGUCUGGUGAGCGCCUGACCCCCGGCGGUAUCUACGUGGUCGUGUCCGCCAUGGCCGGCUCCAUCGUGUCACGUAACCGCGGCAUCUUCCUCCGCACCCUGUCGCCAAUCACUUUCGGUACCGUGGCUGCUUUCACUCUCCUCCCUGUAACGAUGCAAAACGUGUCGGAUCUCGCUUGGGAGUAUGAGAAGAAGUUCCCAGCGGUUGCCGAGAAGCACUUGGCUGUUCGAGAGCGGGCGGAACACAUCUGGUACACCGCUAUUGCGCACAGCGGGAUGACCCGCCAGAUGAUGGAGGAUAAGAUUGGUGAGGCUCGGAAGAAGCUCGAGGAGAUGGUGAGCAAAGGUCACUAG